CCUGGAGGUGUAAUCACAAUCAGGUAUCCCAGAAUGCUCUAAUUUGGAGACAACAAACUACGAAGAUGAUGUCAUCUCCGUAAAUCCUCUUCAGAAGAAUAUCUUAUCUAUUUAUAGUCAUUUUUGUCAUCAUAUAAAGCCUGAGCAAGUCCUACAUAUUUCAAUUAGUGUGUAAGUUAGAAAAUACACGAUACUUGCAUUGUAGAAUAUAUUUCAUCGUUGCCCUGGGGUUCACUUCAUUUCCGAAGAUGACGUCACAGAUGUAAAUACGACCAGAAAGGCAGUCUGUCUGUUUCGUUGCAAACCACCCAAAGUAGAAUGAAAAUUGCGUCUAUAUAGUUGGUUUAAAAUUAUAGAUUGUAACCAUGGAUCUAGAUGAUGAUUUCGACUAUGAGCAGGAUAUGUCGGAAGAAGAAGAAAGCGAUGGCGAUGAUAAUUUCGUGGAUAUGGGGCUCGAAACGGAACCGUCGACAACACAGGAAAAACACGAAUCGGAAGAAUUCCCAUACGAAAUUUUCACGGCGGAUCAAAUUGUCCAGUUCAUGGUUGAUUGCAUAAAAGAAGUGAAUGCAGUUGUCCAGAUCCCUUCAACUAUAACUAGGAUAUUGCUGAAUCAUUUCAAAUGGGACAAAGAGAAGUUGAUGGAAAGGUAUUAUGAUGGAGAUCAGGAGAGGCUAUUCUCGGAGGCCCAUGUUGUCAGUCCACACAGGAAGGACUCAUCAGGCAGACCUGCCAAGAAGAUGACGAGGUCGGCAUCAGCAGCAGCCAGCCAGGAAGUUACCUGUGAGAUUUGUUGUUUUGGGAAAGUCGCUGUGGAAAUGACAGGGCUGGAGUGUGGUCAUAAGUUCUGUGUGCCGUGCUGGACAGACUACCUCACAUCAAAGAUUAUAGACGAAGGUCAAGGUCAAACAAUAUCCUGUGCUGCGUUUGGUUGUGAUAUUUAUGUAGAUGAUGCCACUGUCAUGAAACUAGUCAAGGAUAGAAAAGUAAAGUUGAAGUACCAACAUCUUAUAACAAACAGUUUUGUAGAAUGUAAUAGACUUCUAAGAUGGUGCCCCGCCCCAGAUUGUGGCCAUGCUGUUAAGGUUGGGUACUUUGACUGUAGACCAGUAACUUGUGCGUGUGGCCACACAUUCUG